GGAAUCGGAAAAAUCAAUUUCCUUGAAAAUUUUCCGACGAGAACUUCACUUGUAACCACUGAAAUCCAACAAAAAUGGAGAAAAGAACGAGAAACAUCAAUCCAUCGCGGAUCAUUCUCUUCGCCGGACUUCUCCUUCUGAGCUCCGUCGAUCAAACCCUUGCACUUUCCGUCACCGUGAACGACGUUGAAUGCGUCUACGAAUAUGUUCUCUACGAAGGAGAUUCCAUCUCCGGCAACUUUGUAGUCGUCGAUCACGAUAUCUUCUGGGCCGCCGAUCAUCCCGGCAUUGAUUUCUCUGUUACAUCUUCAGCUGGUAAUGUUAUUUACACAAUUAAGGGAACAUCUGGAGACAAAUUUGAAAUCAAAGCUCCAAGAAAUGGAAUGUACAAAUUUUGUUUUAAAAACCCUUAUUCUACUCCAGAGACUGUUUCAUUCUACAUACAUGUUGGUCACAUUCCAAAUCAACAUGAUCUGGCUAAGGAUGAACAUCUUGACCCUAUUAAUGUCAAAAUUGCUGAACUAAGAGAGGCAUUAGAAUCUGUUACAGCAGAGCAGAAGUUUCUAAGAGCUCGCGAUGCUCGUCAUCGACACACUAAUGAAAGCACGCGAAAACGCGUUUUAGUGUAUACGAUUGGAGAAUACAUUUUAUUAGCGGCUGCAAGUGCGCUCCAAGUAAUUUACAUACAUCAUUUAUUCAGUAAGUCCGUCGCAUAUAACAGAGUUUGACUUGUUAUCAUUCGUUUUACACUGUUUUGUUUCAUAGGUUAUAAGAAGAUUUUGAUUAUUGUUGUUCCCUUAAUAAACAAGAUGUAAACAUAUCAUAAUAUUUACA